AUGUCCCCAAACUCCGUCGAGAUUCCGGCAGUCAUUUGGGGGUGUCUAUAUGCCGGGGGAACUGUGACGCCUGCCAAUCCGGACUUACGACCAGCCGAACUACACAGGCAGCUAGUGAGCAGUAGAACAAAGGUUCUGGUGGUUCACCCACAAUGUCUCAAAGUUGCUAAAGAAGCCUUUCAUCUUGGACAGCUUGACAAUAUUCGUCUUCUAGUACUAGAAGGGAAUCUCCAAGAGGUCAAAUCGGUUACUGAAUUCAUCGACGCAGUGGAAGGAGAGAAUCAUGGUAGUGGCAAAUCCCACAUACAACAGACCUGGACUCCCAUAAACCCUGCAGUUGAUAUUGCAUAUCUGGUAUAUUCUUCAGGGACUACAGGGUACCCGAAAGGAGUCAUGAUCUCACAUCGCAAUGUUGUUGCAGCUGUCAUGCUUCAGUCUGCCGUGGAGAGAUUGAUAUGUCUUCUGCAUCUUCCGCUGUGGCUAGGCAUCUCAACUUUCUUCAUGGAGAAGUUCGAGCUUCGUACCUUUUGCCGCCUCGUCGACGAACAUAAUAUCACGCAAACAUAUGUGGCACCCCCAGUGGUGAUCCAUGUAGCAAAAAGCCCUAUUGUUGAACAGUACAAUAUGAAGUCACUGCAAAUGAUAACUUCUGGAGGGGCGCCCUUAUCUACUGGUUUAAUCAACGAGCUCUUUCACAGGCGUGAACUGCCACGAUGGAAUGAAUUGUCAACGGGAAUUGGAUCAAACGGCGCACCCUUGCCAAAUCUGGAGACCAAGAUGAUGCGAUCGGAUGGCUUUGCAGCUGUUCGGAAAGAGGAGGGGGAACUGUGGAUUCGCGGCCCAACUGUUUUUCUUGGUUAUAUGGAUGACCCUGGUAUGACUGCCACCUGCUUAACCAAAGACGGAUGGUUUAAAACGGGGGACAUCGGGUACGAAGAUGAUCAGGGUAAUCUCUAUAUCACUGACCGAGCGAAAGAUAUGAUCAAAUUCAAGGGCUAUCAAGUAGCUCCCGCAGAGCUGGAAGACGUUCUACUUACUCAUCCGGCCGUCGACGAUGCAGCAGUCCUUGGAGUAAUUAACCAGGAUAUUCAGAGCGAGGUCCCAUUCUAA